UAGAGCCCUUCAUCAAGCACAGAGCAGCAAGCUUUCUUCGUUUUCUUCCCCUGAAUCUUCUUCUUCCACUUCUUCAACCAUCAUGGCUUCCCAUCAUUCUUCCUCAUCAUUUUUCACCACCUUUAGGCUCUGCUUUUGCCUCUUAUUCCCAUUUUUGCUUGGCAUGGCAUCGGCUCAAUUAACCACAAAUUAUUACUCAUCAUCAUGUCCAAAUGCCCUUUCAAUCAUCAAAUCUGCAGUGAGCACGGCAGUGAACAAUGAGGCUCGCAUGGGCGCAUCCCUGCUCCGUCUUCAUUUCCAUGAUUGCUUUGUUAAUGGGUGUGAUGCAUCAAUCCUGCUGGACGACACAUCCAACUUCACCGGUGAGAAAACUGCGGUACCAAAUGCAAAUUCUGUGAGGGGAUUUGAUGUGGUUGACACCAUCAAAUCUCAAGUGGAGAGCUCCUGCCCCGGUGUGGUUUCCUGCGCUGACAUCCUGGCCGUUGUUGCUCGGGACUCGGUCGUUGCUUUGGGUGGACCAAGCUGGACAGUUCAAUUGGGCAGAAGAGACUCGACCACAGCGAGCUUAAGUACAGCUAACAGUGACAUCCCUGCCCCCACUUUGAACCUCAGCGGUAUCAUCUCUUCCUUCUCAAAUAAAGGUUUCAGUGCCAAUGAAAUGGUGGCUCUCUCAGGAUCUCACACAAUUGGACAAGCAAGGUGCACAAGCUUCCGAGAUCGGUUGUACAAUGAAACCAACAUAGAUGCCUCAUUCCAGUCGUCCUUGCAAGCCAACUGUCCCAGCUCUGGGGGUGACAACAAUCUCUCUCCGCUUGACACCAAAAGCCCUACAACUUUUGACAAUUCAUACUUCACUAACUUGGUGAACAACAAGGGCCUUCUCCACUCUGAUCAACAGCUCUUCAAUGGGGGCUCCACGGAUUCUCAAGUGACCACGUACAGCACCAGGUCCACCACUUUCUUCACAGACUUUGCAAAUGCCAUGGUGAAGAUGGGAAACCUCAGCCCACUUACCGGAACCAGUGGGCAGAUCAGAACCAACUGCAGGAAAACCAACUGAGUCAUAUAGGCCGCUUUUAGUAUUCAUUUGUGUUGGCAGAAUAAGAGCUAUUGUACGCUUUUCAUGUCAUUUGAUUUCGCAGUUUCAGCUUUAGUUAAGAGGAAUCCUAGUGUGUGAUAAAUAUAAUAUGAUUUGUGUCAUAGUUCUGAAAUGUAGUUGCAGAUGAUGUUGGUUGAUUUUAUGAUUGUGCCCAU